AUGGAGCAACUUCGAGAGAUAGGAGAGGUAUUAGGAAGCAUAAGAGCCUUAAUGGUAUUCAAGGACAACAUUCAAAUCAACCAGCGUCAAUGCACUCUAUUACUCGACCUCUUCACCGCCACAUACGACUCAGUCUCCCAAUCCAUGAGAUCAAACCUACGUUUCGGAGAGAAGAACACAGCCAAAUGGAAGAUUCUAGAACAGCCCUUGAGGGAGCUGCUAUGUGUGGUACGAGAAGGGGAGGCUUACGUUAGAUUCUCUUUAGAGCCUAAACUAGGGUUUUGGGCUAAAGCUGUUUUCUUACAACACAACAACGAUUGCACCGAGCUUCACGUUCAUAACCUGCUCGCAUGUGUUCCGACCGUCAUAGAGGCUAUAGAGAUGGCGAGUGAGGUUUCAGGGUGGGAUGAAGAAGAGAUGAACAAGAAGAGGUUGGUGCAUUCGAACAAGUACAUGAAGCAAUGGAACGACUCUCAGAUGUUUACAUGGAAGUUCGGGAGAGAGUAUUUGGUGACCGAGGACUUGUGCAGCCGGUACGAGAGUGCUUGGAGAGAGGACAUGUGGAUUCUAACGCAAGAGCUUCAAGAGAAACGGCGUCCCGGUUCAAGCAAACACGACAGGAAGAUGGCUGAGUUCCUUCUGAAGAAUGGUAACGAGAGUCCUGUCCUGUUUCCAUCUUCUAUUCUGGUAAGCUCGAAAGAUUACCAAGUGAGAAAGAGGUUAGGCAAUGGAAGUCAGUACAAGGAGAUUACAUGGUUAGGUGAAAGCUUUGCGCUUAGGCAUUUCUUUGGAGACAUUGAUGCUUUGCUUCCUCAGAUUACUUCGUUGCUAUCUCUUUCACACCCAAACAUUGUGUAUUACCUAUGCGGAUUCUCUGAUGAGGAGAAGAAAGAGUGUUUCCUGGUUAUGGAACUGAUGAGUAAAAGUCUUGGGACGCACGUCAAAGAGGUGUGUGGUCCAAGAAGGAAGAACACUCUCUCCCUCCCGGUAGCGGUUGAUCUGAUGCUUCAGAUAUCUCGUGGUAUGGAAUAUCUUCACUCCCAGAGAGUGUACCACGGAGAGUUGAAUCCAUCUAACAUUCUUCUCAAACCAAGAAGAAGUAACCAAUACGGAGAUGUGCAUUAUCUACAGGGGAAGAUUUGUGGGUUUGGAUUGACUUCUGUUAAAGGCUUCUCAUCUAAAAGUGCUUCUUCGAACGAGACUUUUCCAUUCAUAUGGCAUUCCCCUGAAGUGCUAGAGGAGCAGGAACAGGGAGGAACAGAGGGAAGUAGUCUUAAGUACACUGAGAAAUCUGAUGUGUACAGCUUCGGAAUGGUUUGCUUUGAGCUUUUAACAGGUAAAGUGCCGUUUGAGGAUAGCCACUUGCAAGGAGAUAAAAUGAGUAGAAACAUUAGGGCAGGGGAGAGACCGCUUUUCCCAUUUCAUUCACCUAAACUCAUAACAAACCUAACCAAAAGGUGCUGGCAUGCUGAUCCCAACCAGCGUCCAUCUUUCUCUUCAAUAAGCAGAGUUCUGCGUUACAUCAAAAGGUUUUUAGCUUUAAAUCCGGAAUGUCAGCAGGACACGUCUGUCUCUCCUCCUGUGGAUUACUGUGAGAUAGAGACGAAGCUGUUGAAGAAGCUCUCAUGGGAAAAAACAACCGAGUUACUUCAAGUUUCACAGGUUCCUUUUCAGAUGUUUGCAUAUAGGGUGGUGGAACAGGCAAAGACUUGUAAGAAAAGUAAUCUCAGAGAGACAUCAGAAUCGGGUAGUGAAUGGGCUUCGUGUAGUGAGGACGAGGGUGGAUCAGACGAGCAAGUUUCAUCUGACAAGGAAAGGAGGCUUUCAUGCUCAAAUGAUGUUGGUAUGAGCAAGAAGAAGAAGAAGCCUAUUUCAAAAAGAUCCUCUGGCCUGAAACCUAUUCAAAAACCAGGAACAAGUAGAGGAAGCUCAAGGCAUCCUCCACUUAGUCCAUGUGGGCAAAGUAUGAGAACGCACUCUGAGAGUCAACUGAUAAUGAUGACUCCAAAGAUACGCCGAACAACCUCUGGUCAUGUCUCUGACUCUGAGCUUAAUUCCUAG